AUGCUUCGGGCAAGUACAUGGUGCGGACCAUACGGCAAGGGAGUCGGCACGGCUCAGGUCGCCUUCCUCGGCGCAGGGAUGCCGAACGCCCAGCACACCGGUGUCGGCAUGGCAGCCGACAGCCGGCUGGCUGCCGCUCUGCCGACGCCGCUCGCGCCGACGAGGGGGCGAGCGCACCACCAGGCCUGCGAGGAGCCCCCGCCACCAGCGCCGGCGGACCCCUCGCGGUCUGGGUCGCCGCCUUGCGCGGCCGAGGCCUGGAGGCUGUCCGGCGGGCUGGAGGCGGACUGCGGCCUCCACUUGGAGCUCUUGGGCCAUGUGCUGCAGCGCCGCGGCGGGGGCGCGGGGGACGGCGGCGCGAGGUCGCCCUUCGAGCGCUGGGACGCGGACCAGGCGCUGCGGCUGGAGCUGCGGCGGGGCAACGCGGCGCUCUCGCAGAUGCUGCUGCGCAGCUGCGGCGGCGGCAGGGACGUGGUCGGCUCAAGGUCCCUGGGCGGCGGCAGCGUCGUCGCGGCGUCCUCGCUGAGCGUGUCCCGCGAGCAGUCGCAGAGGGGAGGCAGAUCGGCCGAGAACUCCGACGACCAGAUCGACGAGAUCCUGUCCAAGGACUUCAGUACGGACGGGUACGUGAGCGUCGGCCACAACAGCAGCCACGCCAGUUUCGUCGGCCACAACAGCUGGGACAGGGAACAGCGCAUCAUCGACCAACUCCGCAAGCCGUCCGCGUCGCAGCUCUGCAAACAGAGUCCCAGAGUCUCAGAGAAUCACAUCAAGGUGGAAAAGCCACCGAGGGUGUUCUACUCCCUGCGAUGGCUGAUGAGCAAGCCGCAGUAUGAGCUGGCCUGGGCGUUUCUCAUCAUCUGCAACCUGGUCGUUAUGAUCCUUGAAGAGGAGUACAAGGGCAUGCAGCGCGGCUACGAGCUAAGGAACAUAUACGCCUAUUAUGGCUCGAAGGAGUAUACUUGCAAGUGGUGGCAUGGAGCCGACAGUGCGUUCUACACAGCGGAGUGCCUUUUCGCAGGGUUAUUCACGCUGGAGCUGCUCAUCACGUUCGGAUAUGACCUCACGUGCGCGAACUUCGCCUGGCCCAGCCACCGGAGGCCUUUCUGGAGAGACCCAAUGGACCUCAUGGACCUGGCCGUCGUUGUGUGCUCCGACGUGUCGCUGGCCCUUGACGAUAAUGGCACUGCGGUCAACAUGCAGGUGUUCCGCAUCCUGCGCCUGGCCAGGCUCCUGCGGCUAAUCCGCCUGAUGAGGAAGAUCUACCAGUUCGAUGCCCUGCACCUCAUGACGACGGCCAUCAAGGGAAGCCUGGGCGCUCUGAUGUUCUCCAGCAUGCUCCUGAUCACGAUCCUGACUUUGUUUGCGCUGGUGCUCACGAACGUGCUGCGGGUCGCAUACCUGGGAGAGAACUCCCCCUUGGAGCCCGAGGCGAAGCAGGAGCUAUUCCGGUACUUCGGGACUUAUUCUAGGUCGAUGCUCUCGAUGUUCGAGCUCGCCCUGGCGAACUGGCCCACGCUCACGCGGUUCAUGGUCGAGGAGCUCCACGAAUGUUUCGGGCCCAUCUGCGUCUUGUGGAAGCUGUCGAUCGGCUUCGCCGUGGUCGGCGUGAUCAACGGCGUGUUCAUAAAGGAGACCUUCUCCGUGGCGGAGAGCGACGAGUUCAUCAUGAUCAGGAGCAGGAUGCGGCAGAUUGUCCAGCACAAGGAACGCAUGAGACGCUUGUUCCAGCUCGCGGACAAGAACAAGGACGGGGUGCUCGGCCGGGAGCAGUUCCGCCGCGUCUUCGAGAAGCCCACGAUCAAGGCCUGGCUAGAGGCCAUGGACCUGCGCUGCGACAACGCGGAUACGCUGUUCGCACUCAUCGCGGGUUCGAUGGACGGCGUGAUCAGCGAGGGGGAGCUGAUCACAGGCAUCGCCAAGCUCAAGGGGCCGGCUAGGAACGUCGACCUGCUGACCCUCGUGCGUGGCCUCGAGGCUACGAAGACUCCCAACUGA